GUGAACAGUCUGCGCUGUUACUCCUUUUAGGCGCAAACUCAACUAACAGCUCCCCCCGUUUCUUUCAGCCGUUUUUUCCCUUGCUUAGCAUUUCAAAUGGAUCCACACCGCACAUGUGCAGGUGGAGUGUUCUGCGGCCAGGGAUCAUCGGCCGCACUAACGAAAUGGGAGCAUCUCUUUUACGCCUUCUUUCAACUGAUAGCUGUCUUCUUGCUUCCCAAGGCCUGCGCGGCACACUAUGCCGCCAGCGGAGGGUCAAGGACCGGUGGCAGAGCCCAUCGUCCGCAAGCUAGGGUUCUCAAGGAAGCGUCACAGCCCAUCGUCCGCCGAAGGAGCCGCCCUCGAUGUCAAUCUGCAGAUGGUAAAGUUCGGAAUCCUUCACUGGCUUGUUCUGCUUCCAAGAAGAAAUUAGGUUUCAUGGAUCAAAUUCUUGACUGUAUUGAAGUGACCCUUUGGAAGAAGUAAUAACAACUACAAUAGUGAACAACAUGGCUCCAGCCCUUCAAAACUAUGCAAUCUAUGCCUCUAUGAUUUCUUCAGUUUGUGAGUUUCAUGCUUGUUACCAGGCUCCACAGAGCACCAGCAUUGCUUUACACCCUGAGCUGUAAGCAUGAAAGUUGGGUUGAUAUCGCGAAAUACUUAAUAGAUGGUGUUCCCUUGCUAUUGAGUUCAGAAAAUGUGAAGGACGUAAAAGAUCUUCUCUCAUCUGUUUUAGCAUCUCUGCCUGCUAAUUUUUCAGAAUUUAUUAAGUGGGUAGCAGAAAUUCGAAGACAAGAGGAAGGUGCUACAAGUUUGAGUGAAGAAGAAAAAGGAACACUUGCUAUGAAGAUUUCGUGAAGCUGCAAAGAGGAUGAACGUAGAUGCAGCAAACUGUCUUGUGAUAGAGGACUCCAUAUAAUUUGUGAAGAUAAGAAGCUGUCAAAUUAAAGUUGUCCUGAUAUGCGGCUUAUUGGAGUAGCCGAGUAGCAGCUGCCUUGCAGACCCGGAAGACUGACCAAUUCUGCUCCGUCGCCGGUUUCUAUCUUGGUAUAUUUUUUUUUCAGAAGAAGGUUGAAGGCUGCUGCCAUUAAUUUAAACGUUUGAAAGAGCCGCCGUCCAAAUUUGACGGAGGGGAACUGAAGCAGGUCGCAAGUUGGAGGUCGUGCUGCUAUUUUCUAGAACUUGUUGUUGUUCGAUGAUCCAAAUCCGUCGAUUUCGAUGUCUCUUUCGCAGGUUGAGGUGAAGGUCUGGCUGCCGUUGCUAUUUCGUCACCGAGACUUAAGGUGAAGCUGCCGGGCUGAUUGGCCGUCGUUCCUAUCUCCGUUGCUCCUGUUCGUCGAAGAAGAAGAUUGUUGCUUCACUUUGUAAUUUUUGGCGAGGAGGAGACCACAACAACUGUUGCUAUCGUCGGGGAGCAAGAUCUUGCCGCCACCGCUGGUUCGAUGAGUGAUUGACACCUUAAUAUGCCGGAUGAUGGAGUAUAUGGCCCGGGAAUCCCCGGCCCACAGACUCCUACUACUCUAGUAAAGGCCCAACAGGCCCAGAAAGCUCAAGCAGGCCCAAAUCACAGCGCCCAGAGUACCAAGCAGCACGCAAUACGCACCAGGGGUGCCUUCGGCCCCCUGGCCGAAGGCUCCAAACUAUCACAGCGUGGAUAUUUCGAACAAACAGAGGAACUGGGAGAAAACGGCGAAAACAGCAGCCCUCGGCACCUGGAGCCCUCGGCGCUCAGGGGUCUUCUGCACUAAGAGCCCUCGGCUAGUCCUCUGUGACCGGGGGCACCUCUCCCGACAUGAUCUCCGCAUCACAUGCGUACAGAUCACCGUACCCUGUACAGACAUCCCAUCCAACAGCCGCAUUAAAUGCGGCCACAUGCGGCUGCCAGCGCCAACCAGUUGAGGUGACCUCUCGGCCAAUGGGCGUUUGACACGUGUCCCUGUCCGGCAUUUAUUGCUACUAUAAAUAGCACCCCAUUUCCCCAUUUGUAACCACGACAUUCAUACUGGAUAUACUCUCUCUCUUACUUGUGCUCUGACUUCUCUCUAAGUUAUUCUCUGCAAUAACCCCUCGGAUAUAUACCCCCCGGGUAGACUAUCCAUCAUUUGGUGCUCUCGUUGAGAGGUCGAACAAUCGAGUAAGAAACCCUCCCCCUUCACCAGACACUAGCCCUCUACCAAAAUGGCGAGAACAACACGUGCCAACUCCAGAAACGUAGAAGACAAGAACCUGGCCCUCGGCGACGUCAACGACCCCGAAGCCUCUCACAGGGCUCCCGAGGGCGGUGUCAUCGCUGGGCUGGAACAGGCGGCUGUCGACCUACGCCUUCAGAUUCAGCAGAAUGCCCCCGAUGCCCGCCUCGGCAUCGAGGCCAAGAAGAAAAACUGGAGCGAUGACCAAGUCAGCCCUCCGGUUCUCACCAUCGACGUGCAAUCGGCGCUCUCCGCCUUCAUCCAAACGCUCACUCAGAACCCGGGUGCCUUCGGCACCCUGGCUCCGGCUCACCCCCAAGUUGGGGAGAACAUCAUACUUCCCCCCUGUCACACCCCUUCGGAAACCCAACCCCUCGGGUUAGGAAUAACGAAGGGGUAGUGGUCCAAGAUACGUCCUCCCAGGAAGUUCAGUCCCGGGACCGCCAUAAUGACAACAGAGAAAGGCCCCGCACUUCCGCCCUCAAUCGGCUCGGAGGAGGGCCAGACCGCCGAGGGGUCCAAGACCGGCUCGGAGGGAAAGCACUCCAAAGGCCCCAGGAAAGCGGAGGGUCUGUCUCGAGGGCAGACGAGGAGCGUCCCCCUCGGGACAAAGGCAAGGCACCCCUUCAUGCCGAUGAUGCUCGCCACCAAAUCAACCAGGCCCACUCGGCCCGGGUUCGUUCGCAGGGGGCGGAGACCCUCCCGAAGGAUCCCCGGGAUGAAAUUAUUGCGACCCUCCAACGCCGGCUUGAUGAAAUGGAGGCCAACAAAGCUCACGCCACCACCUCCACCCCUCAUUCAGACCUCAAAUACGAGGCCAUGAUGGCCAAAAUGGAGGAAUUACAGAAGAAGGUGGCCGAGGGCUCCGGGGAACCCGUCAUCCAGCUACGGACCCGGACGCCAUUUACCCCAAGGGUAUUGGCGGCCCGGAUCCCGGAAAAAUACCGAGGGCAACACAUACAGCCCUACAACGGGAAGACGGACCCCCAGGAACACUACAGCAAAUAUCAGAACAUCAUGAUGAUGGUAGGGGCGUCGGACGAAUAUUUGUGUCGUUGGUUCCUCUCCACCUUAGAGGGGCCGACAUACGAAUGGUUCAACCGGUUUCCCGAGGGCUGCAUUGAUUCGUGGCAAGAACUCGCCCAGUGAUUCUUGACACAAUUUGCCGGGAGGCGUCGCACGAGGAAGCACUUCUCCCACCUCCUAACCAUACGCCAGAAGAGGGAUGAGACCCUUCGGGACUUCCUGGAGCGCUGCAGGACAGAGGCUGACAAAGUCGACAGUGCUGAUGACGGGACCCUCCUGGCCCUCCUACAGACCGUCCUCCGCACCGGCAACUUUUCAAGGAGCCUCAUCAUUGAACCCCCCCGCGAUUACAUAAGGGCUUUGCAGCGGGGGGACCGAUAUGCCGAGGCCGAGGAGGUGGAGAAAUACCACCAGCAUUCGGAUCAGCAGCCCCCGAGGGCUGACUACAAGAGCAACCGGGGGCCGGGGGCUCCUCCCUCGGCAAGGCCAAGCCAAGCCUUCUGGACCCUCUGACGACCGCCCUCGGCAAGGCCAAGCCAAGCCCGGAGGAGGUUAUAAUAGCAACCCUAAGACUUGGGCACAUCCCAUUCUCCUGGACCGCCCCCGGACACCAUUGACGCACCCCGUCAGCAUCAUACUUGAUUUUGCCGAGGAGAGGGGCCUCGUUGAGCGUGACUCUCGCGCACCCCCGGAGGUACAUGCUAUCAACCCUCAGUUCCCCUACUACCGUUUCCAUCGGCAUCAGGGGCACAGGACCGAUGACUGUCACCAGCUAAAAACGGCCAUCGAGAGAUUAAUACAAGCGGGACACCUGUCCCAAUUUGUUCAGAGCCCUCGGCAGGAGGGACCCUCCCAUCAGGGGCCUCCCCGAGGGCACCACACGAAGGUGAACGCUUGGGUGAACCCGAAUACCAUCCCCCUCGGCAAGAAGAGGGAGAUCGGAAACUUGGAAGAAGAGGAGGAGGAAUACCCCCACUGCCAGGAGAAAAAACGCCACAUCCUCAUGAUCACCGGUGGCAAUACAUGGGGCGAUUCCACCAGCCAGCGAAAGAAAUGGGCUCAAUCGCUUUACGUGGGGGAAGUCACUCAUAUGCCCCCGGUAAAGCGACUGAGGGAGGAACCCAUCACCUUCACCAACGCAGAUCUCCCUCCUACUUCUUCUCCUCACAGGGAUGCCUUGGUGAUUCGGACUGAAAUAAACGACACCAUCAUUCACCGAACUUACAUUGACACGGGCAGUUCCGUCAAUGUAAUGUACCUCAGCACCUUCAGAGAGCUGCAUCUGGAGAGGGGGUCCCUUCGGCCCAUGAAGACCCCUCUUUCCGGCUUCAUCGGCGAUACUAUUGAUUCCGAGGGGGUAAUAACCCUCCCGGUGAUCUUCGGCGACGGGCUCCAUAGAGCCCAGCUCGAAGUGGAGUUCGUCGUCGUCAACAUCGAUUGCGCCCACAACAUCAUCCUCGGCCGGCCAGCCCUCGAGGACCUCGAGGCCAUCAUCUCCAUGAGGCACCUCUGCCUCAAGUUUCCCGCCGAGGGGGGCAUUGGCUACUCCCGGGGGAAUCAGAAAAUUGCUCGGGCUUGCUAUCUUCAAGUCACUAAGAAAGUAAGUAAGACGGAAUUCCGUGUUGACACCAUCACCGGAACCAUCGACCAAGAAGAAAAAAGGCCGAGGGCUGAACCAGCCGAGGACGUAGAAGACUUUGCGCUCGAUCCGGCCCAGCCGGAGAGAGUCGUGAAGAUUGGAGCCCAGCUCCCUGAAGAUCUGAAGACCGGUAUCACCGACGCCCUCCGCGCCUUCUCCACUGUCUUUGCAUGGGGGCCGGAGGACAUGCCGGGAAUUAGCCGAAGGGUCAUCACCCACCGCCUCUCGGUGGACCCCUCGGCAAAAGCAGUACAUCAACGAAGAAGACCCCUCUCCGCCGAAAGGAGGGAAUUUGUGAAGAAGGAGGUCGCCAUGCUCCUCUCUAUUAAGCACAUCAAGGAGGUAAAAUACCCCUCAUGGCUGCCGAACGUAGUCCUCGCACAGAAGCCUCCUACCUUCCGCAUGUGCGUGGACUACACGGAUCUCAACAAGGCGUGCCCUAUGGACCCUUUUCCUUUGCCCAAUAUCGAUCAACUUGUGGAUGAAACCGCGGGGUGUGAAAUCAUGUCAUUCCUCGACGCAUUCCGCGGAUAUCAUCAGAUCUUCAUGCAUGAGGAAGACGCCGAAAAGACAACCUUCAUGACUCCCGAGGGCAUCUUCUGCUACCUAGUGAUGGUCUUCGGCCUAAAGAACUCAGGGGCCACUUACACCGGAUGGUGGCCCAAACUAAGCACAUCAAGGAGGUGAAAUAUCCCUCAUGGCUAGCGAAUGUAGUCCUCGCACAGAAGCCCCCUACCUUCCGCAUGUGCGUGGACUACACCGAUCUUAACAAGGUGUGCCCUAUGGAUCCAUUCCCUCUACCAAAUAUUGAUCAACUGGUGGAUGAGACCGCAGGGUGUGAGAUCAUGUCCUUCCUCGAUGCCUUCCGAGGGUAUCACCAAAUUUUCAUGCACGAGGAAGACGCCGAAAAAACUGCCUUCAUGACUCCCGAGGGCAUCAUGGAGGCCCGGGUCUUUCAAGCUGUCCUAGGGCGCACCAUGGAGGCCUAUGUCGACGACAUGAUCGUCAAGAGCAAACAAUCUUCCAGCCAUGCUGACGACCUCCGGGAAAUCUUCGCCAUCAUGCAAAAGUUCAACCUUCGGCUAAACCUGAAAAAGUGCACCUUCGGCGUCCAAAGGGGCAAGUUCUUGGGCUACAUGGUGAGCCGAAUGGGUAUUGAGGCCAAUCCCGAGAAGAUCCAGGCCAUCAUCAACAUGGAGCCCCCACGCAAUGUGAAGGAAGUUCAACGGUUGACGGGCCGCCUGGCAGCCCUCAACCGCUUUCUAUCUAAAUCAGCGGAGAAGUCUCUACCCUUCUUCCAGAUCAUGAAGAAGACGGCUGGCUUUCAAUUGACUCCAGAAUGUCAGGGGGCUUUCGACGAGCUCAAACGAUAUCUAUCUUCACCCCCUGUGCUAUCCAAACCAAAGGUAGGGGAAACCCUCUAUCUCUACCUUGGAGUCAGCCCGGCGGCCAUCAGCUCUGUGCUCAUCCGGGAGGAAGACGGCAUCCAACAUGCCAUCUUCUAUGUAAGCAAGACCCUAAGGGAGGCCGAGCUCAGCUAUUCUCUUGUGGAAAAAAUGGUGUUAGCCAUCGUUUGGACUGUCAAGAAAUUGGGCCACUACUUUCAAGCUCACCCGGUUCAGGUCCUCACUCAUCAACCCCUCGGCGCCCUCAUGAGGAGCCCCACCAGCUUCUCCCGCAUGGUGAAAUGGGCUAUCUUCUUGAGCCAGUACAACAUUGACAUCCGUCCGAGGCCUGCCAUCAAGGGCCAAGCCCUGGCGGACUUUGUGACGGAGUGUACCGCAAGGGCAGCCACGGACGGGGAGCCCUCGGCUACCUCGGACGACUGGUGGACCCUCUACACUGACGGCUCCUCCGCGACCAAAGCAUGCGGGGGAGGGGUAGUCCUCAUUACUUCUGAGGGCUUCAGAGCCUACUACGCAAUCCGCUUCUCCUUCAAAGUCUCCAACAACGAGGCCGAAUAUGAGGCCCUCCUAUGUGGCCUUCGGCUGGCUGCCAACAUGAGGGCUCGACAGAUCCACAUCAAAUGCGACUUCAAGUUGGUCGUUGGCCAAAUCUCCGAGGAAUAUGAGGCCAAGGAGGGAAGAAUGAAACAGUACAAGGAAGCGGCCAAGGAGUUGCUUAAGGUAUUUGAGGCACACUCUCUCACUCAAAUACCGAGGGCUCAGAACUCCGAGGCCGACAUAUUAUCUAAGCUCUCGGCCGACUCCCCCGAGCACAUGUCCAAAAUUGCCAAAAUUGAGGAACUCAGCCUCUCAAGUAUCCAUGCAAGCCCCGUUAUGAACAUACAACAACGCCAAGAGGAUUGGAUCUCAGAUAUCACCGCCUUCAUCUCCACAGGGCAGCUACCUGAGAAUGAGACCCGCGCUAAACUGGCAAAGCUGAGGGCUCCUAGUUACACCAUCGAAGAUGGAAGGCUCUACAAACGAUCUUACAAUGGCACGCUACUUCGGUGCCUUCAUCAAGAUGAAGCCGAGGUCGCAAUGGAGGAAGUGCACAGUGGCACUUGCUCAGCUCACCAGGGACCCUUCUCCAUGUCCCGAAGGCUCAUUUUCCAGGGCUACUUCUGGUCGACCAUGGCCAGAGAUUGUGCUGACCUGGCCCGGAGGUGCACCGCAUGUCAACAUUUCCAGAAAACCCCCGGCAGGCCAGCGGUCAACUAUGCCCCCAUCAGCACAUCUGUCCCCUUUUCUCGAUGGGGGAUAGACCUUGUGGGCCCUCUGCCGAGGGGUACCUCCCACAACAGAUACAUCAUUGUGGCCAUCGACUACUUUACCAAGUGGGUGGAGGCUGAACCCCUCGCCAGCAUCACAGAGGCGAAGUGCCGUCACUUCGUCCUCAAGAACAUCCUCACAAGGUUUGGCUUCCCCCAGCAGAUCAUCUCCGACAAUGGGACACAAUUUGAGGCAGCCCCCUUCUGUGCCCUUCUGGAGGCAUGGGGCAUCAAACACACCUUCUCCUCCGUUGCCUACCCUCAAGGCAACGGGCAAGUAGAGAAUGCCAACCGGACCUUGCUCGAGGGCCUCAAAAAGAAGCUGGAGGCCGAGGGCGGUGGCUGGGUGGAAGAACUCCACAACAUCCUUUGGGCCUAUCGCACCACCCCUCGGUGAGCAACAGGUGAAACACCCUUCUCCCUCUGCUACGGUUUUGAAGCCAAAGCUCCUACGGAAGUCACCCUUCCCACCCGGAGGGUGAUCCAAUAUGACCCCGAGGUCAACGACAGCAACAUGGCCCUCGACCUCCACCUCAUUUCAGAACGCCGGGAGCAGGCCUUCAUCCGGGCAGAAAAUUACCGAAGGCAAGUCAAAAGCUACAUGGACGCCAAAGUUCGCACCCGAGAAUUUCAAGUGGGGGACUAUGUCCUCCGGAGGAGGGAAGCCAGCCAACCAACCGAGGGAGGAAAAAUGGCACCAAAAUUCGAGGGCCCCUACAUCAUUGCAGCCAUCAUCAAACCUGGGACUUACAAGCUCAAACGCCCCAACGGGAAAGAGGUCCCUAGGCACUGGAAUGUACACCAUUUAGUUAAAUUUUACCAAUAAUGUAAGAGCGGCCAAGCCCUCAUAACUAAUGAAUGUACUACCCUUUGGCCCAAGGCCUCCACUUUUGAGGAAUGAAGACAAAUUCAAAGACAUCAAGCCCUCAUACUGACUACAGGCCCCAGGCCUCACCACGAGAAGAACCCCCUCCGGCACCAAGUGCCGAGGGCGGACACCAUCAACACCUACAACAACAGGAAAACACCAUGUGUUUUCGAACAAGACCCCUCGGUACCAAGUACCGAGGGUGGGAACUCCCAUCACCGACGGCAAGAAACACCAAGUGUUUCAUUUCCCUUCGGCACCCAGUGCCGAGGGUACACCUCCAUCAUCAACAUCAAAACGAAGAAAAACACCAAAUGUUUCAAAGAAUACCCCUCGGCACCCAGUGCCAGGGAUAUGCUCUCCUAUCAACUUCCAAACAUCUGUUGGGAAACACCAAGUGUUUCCUCUCGAGGGCCCUCCGGCACCAAACGCCGAGGGUGAACACUCCAAUCAAAACACCAAGUGUUUCAUUUGAAGACCCUUCCUUUAGUACCAAGUACCGAGGGCAGACACCUCCAUCAACUACAACAAAAGAGAACACCAAGUGUUCCUACAGAAGACCCCUCUGUACCAAGUACCGGGGGCUACACAUCGAAACUAACACCAAGUGUUGUUUCUAAAAGCCGUACCCCACGAGGACGCAUAUACCGAAGGCGCCACCAUCGGUGCCGGCGGCACGUAGUGCCCCCGGCCAUUUGCAACUAGUGUGCAAAUGAAAACCCUUCCUUGAAACGCUUUCCGCGUCACUACCCCCAGGGUAUGACAGGCAUGAGAAAUGCCCAGGAUUCGACUUUCAAAAACGGAACGCUAUCCGCGUCAUCACCCCAAGGGUAUGACAGGCACGAGAAAUGCCCAGGAUUCGACUUCCAAACCGAAACGCUCCCCGUGCCACCACCCCAAGGGUGUGACAGGCCACGGACUAUGUCUAGCGCCGAGGGGUCGACUUUCAAAAAUGAGGCGCUUUCCGCGCCAUCCCCCAAGGGGAGGCAGGCUACAGACCACCAUAUCUUGUGCCCAGGAAACGACCCUCGAUCCCCUUGGAACUCGGAAGGUUAACCCGAGGGAGGAGAGCCAUUGGUGUAUUCUGAUGGUUUCCUAAUAGGCCCAGCCUUACCAGGAAAUCAAGUUUCUCUCUCUAGAAUUUUUGGCAGAGCUUCGCUAAGGAUGUUGGAUGCGUAAAGAAGGAAUGGCAUUGGCUUGGGGUAUUUAUAGGCUCCCAGAUCCGGGCUUGGGCCGAGAUUCGGGCUCCCAGCAGCCAAAGCCAUCAUUACGCACCGUCGUUUCACCCAAUCGGUGACGCCCGCCCACGAGCAGCCAACGGCUACACUCCAUGUGUACCCCCCCCCCCCCCCAACGGCUAUAAAUCUGACGCUACAUAUUCCAACGGCUAUAUUUCCAAUGGCUAUAUUCUGGAAGCCCCCGGGUUUACUACUUCACUCCACUUCACCAAGGAGAGCCUCCGGGUACACUUACCCAGAGACGCCCCCGGUUUAUGCCCCACACGGUACAUAACAAUCGCCCUCGGGAUCACUCCUUUAGAAGCCCAAGGCUUCACAUCAGGCCACCCCUCGAGGAUUCCCCCUCAGCACUGUAAGGGCCGGUUAGCCCCCUGGGAGUAUACCUCAUUGACGGAUAGUCUACAACACACAAGUAAUGGGUGCCCUCGAGUAUCUUCAUCACCAACUAAUCAACAAAAAGUGGACCCCCCCGGUAACAACUCCACUGUUGCCCACAUUCAUUACGCCCUCGAUCCCCAGAUUGAGGGACUCCCCUUCGGCGCCCCCAGGACGUCAACAACAAAGCCUCCGGUUAAUCAACACAUGAGCCCUCAGAAAAAGGAGAGCCUUCGGCAUUACCGAUUAUUCUCCAUUUUUGACCAAGGUUUCACAUUUUCGAUUCAUCGUUGGGGGAAUUCGGUGCACUCUUUUUCCCUCAUUAGGAUUUUUUCCCCCAGGGUUUUUCCUAAUGAGGUUUUUAACGAGGCAUCCCCCCAAAAUGAAACGAAAAGCGUCAGCCUUCGGCCCACAACAGCAACGCAACUACUCUACUCCUUUUCACCACUUUACAAGUGCCUCAAAGAGUGGGGGACUGGAGGACCCCCUCGGGAAAAUCAUUAAAUUACAAAAUUAGUGAAAUUCCAACAAACGACAAAGCAAGCCCUCAAGUCCCGACAUGUGGGUAACUGAGGGGCUGCCUUCGGCAGGGACAUAAAAGCAACAACUCCUCACCAACUUCAGAGAUUACGACAGGACAACAUUGAAGGGCAAGCACAAAUUACUCCUUUUCCCUCAAAUACCUUUCGACAAAAGGAGUGAGGGACUCCUGAUGGAGUAUAUGGCCCGGGAACCCCCGGCCCACAGACUCCUACUACUCCAGUAAAGGCCCAACAGGCCCAGAAAGCUCAAGCAGGCCCAAAUCACAGCGCCCAGAGUACCAAGCAGCACACAAUACGCACCAGGGGUGCCUUCGGCCCCCUGGCCGAAGGCUCCAAACUAUCACAGCGUGGAUAUUUCGAACAAACAGAGGAACUGGGAGAAAACGGCGAAAACAGCAGCCCUCGGCACCUGGAGCCCUCGGCGCUCAGGGGUCCUCGGCACUAAGAGCCCUCGGCUAGUCCUCUGUGACCGGGGGCACCUCUCCCGACAUGAUCUCCGCAUCACAUGCGUACAGAUCACCGUACCCUGUACAGACAUCCCAUCCAACAGUCGCAUUAAAUGCGGCCACAUGCGGCUGCCAGCGCCAACCAGUUGAGGUGACCUCUCGGCCAAUGGGCGUUUGACACGUGUCCCUGUCCGGCAUUUAUUGCUACUAUAAAUAGCACCCCAUUUCCCCAUUUGUAACCACGACAUUCAUACUGGAUAUACUCUCUCUCUUACUUACUUGUGCUCUGACUUCUCUCUAAGUUAUUCUCUGCAAUAACCCCUCGGAUAUAUACCCCCCGGGUAGACUAUCCAUCACCGGAAUUGUUGCCGCCACCGCUGGAAGAUCAGAUGCCCAUGUCUUCUGCUGUCGUUGAAAGCUGAGGUGAUGUUGUUGGAGGAUGAGGAUUCGCAAGCCUAUUUUCCCUGCGUGCGAAGAAGCUCACGGGAAGAUAAACCUAACCUGCUGAAGGAGCUGAUUUUAAUGGGCUUCAUUAUUUGUUGGGCCGACCUAUUUAUGAGUUUAUUCUUCACCUUUUGAAGACAGGAGCUAUCUUCAACAAAAAUAAUAUCGAGGCCAGAUUUUCUGUUAGGCCUAUUGUCAGUGGUCGAUGCUGCUUGAGGCCUUUUGUUGGACUAGUAGCAUCGAUCUAAAGAAUUAGGGCGAUUGCGAGUAAUCGGUAUUGUUUGGGGCCCUACUGAUCUAAAGAAUUAGGCCGAUUUCCGACCGUCGGUGUCGCUUAGGGCCCUUCGUUGGGCUAGUGACACCGAUAUAAAAGAAUAGGUCUAUUGCCGAUCAUCGGUGUCGCUUGGGGCCCUUCGUUGGGUUAGUGACACCGAUCUAAAGAAUUGGUCCGAUUGCCGGUCAUCAGUGUCGCUUGGGGCCCUUUGUUGGGCUAGUGAUAUUGAUCUAAAGAAUUAGGCCAAUUUCCGACCGUCAUUGUCGCUUGGGGCCCUUCGUUGGGCUAGUGGCACCGAUUUAAAGAAUUAGGCCGAUUGCCGGUCAUCGGUGUCGCUUGGGGCCCUUCGUUGAGCUAGUGGCACCGAUAUAAAGAAUUAGGCCGAUUGUCGGUCAUCAAUGUCACUUGGGGCCCUUCGUUGGGUUAGUGGCACCGAUCUAAAGAAUUAGGCUGAUUGCCGGUCAUCAGUGUCGCUUGGGGCCCUUCGUUGAGCUAGUGGCACCGAAAUAAAGAAUUAGGCCGAUUGUCGGUCAUCGGUGUCGCUUGGGUCCCUUCGUUGGGUUAGUGGCACCGAUCUAAAGAAUUAGUCCGUUUGCCUGUGAAUACAAAGCUCUGCUGAUGCCAUUUAUGAAGGGCGGCCAUUUUGCCGUUUAUGAAGGCUAGCCACUUAGCCAGUUUGAAUGACGACCACUUCAACGGUUUGAAGGUUAGAGCGGCGCUGAUAGAAGAUGAUGUUCGAAGCUUAACUCAAUCAAUUUCAGGCGAGGCGCAGACUUAAGAACCUUCACAUCUUGGUAUGACUUUGUUUUUCGUAAUCCCUUUGGCUAAAAACUUAAUUGGGUUUUGUUUUGUUAUAACUGAACUCAAAAAUGAAACUUUUGAGCUGCCUACGUACUCCUAUGAAGGAGAUCAAGUCAAACGUAGUUCAUAAGUACCAUUUGAAUUGGUAAUCUAAAGGAGAGGACCGUACACAAUUUUAACUCAUGCGGGCCAGGAGCUUGCCGAACACAUUUUAAACUCUCGUGAGCCAAGAGUAUCUAUGAUUAUGCUCACCCAUAGACAAAAUGAGAUGUUUUAGCAGUUUAGCCACUUACAACAUCAUUGGUGGUUUAAGCCAUUUAACAUUUUGUUUGGUCAUAUGCAUACCCUGACAUGAAGGGUACUGUAUCCUCAAAGUUGAUAAUGCAGGAGUUCACAUAUUGGUCUUCAUAUUGACCAUGAGUGUGCACAAUGGUCACUGGCUUGACUUUGAAUGCACUUCCAUAUGUUACUUUCACAUCGGGUUUUCGUUUUAUACGAGAUGGGAUAAAGCUUUUAUACUCAUUAAGACUUUUCUUUUCGAGAGGAACUUUAGCAAAUUUGUUGCGUUCAUGCUUCAAUCCCAAUCUUUCAUUAACAGACUUUCUUCAGAAGUUUUGUCCCAUGCAUAGGCCUUCAGCGUGUUUCAACAUCAUCGGGCUCGUUUCAAGCCAUUCUUGUAAAGUCUUCUUCACGAUCUUCUUUGGUUUCGACGUCAUUCUGUCAAAGAUGGCGGGUCUUGAUCUUGCCCCCCCCCCCCCCCCCCAAUCCUAUCAAAGACGGAGUACUUUGGCUUAGAAGUUAUUUCAUCUUCCUCAUCAGCACUGAUAUGAUGUAUUGCGGCCCUAUUUAUGAGGAUUUUUAUAGGUUUAGGUUGAACAUAGCCCAAUCCAAUGUGGUCUCUUAAGUUGAUUUGCUUCGGUGUUCCUUCUCCACCAGCUUCUGGAAUGAGCUUCCCUAACUUUUGUUCGUUAUGAUUAUAACCGGCUUUGGCCAGGAACUUGUAUGUGUUUGGGUCAAAUCCUUCUUUCGUACGUGUGUUAGGCAGCUCAGACUCACAUUUUUUUCAGCUUCCUCUUUAGGAGCCUUUUGAGAAGGUUUCGAUAUCUCAAUCUGUGCAAGAGGGAAUGUGAGCCUCUCCACACCUUCAACAAGCUUUUCUUUCAAUUUAGGCUUAGUCAAAGGGCGAUACACAUCAUCUUUUCGAGCAUCCUCAUCUUUAGAGACUUUAGCCUUGAAGUAUAACUUUGCAUCUGCAAAAUAGGACUCAGCUUCUGUGAAUGGAGUCUCAUCAGCCAACACCUUCUUCACAACACCGUUGUCUUCAUACAUGAAGCAUUGGUGCAAAGUUGACGGAAUUACACCAUUUUCAUGGAUCCAUGGGCGUCCUAACAGAAGAUUAUAUGAAGCUUUGGCAUCAAUGACAUGACAUAGAGUGCUUGCCUUCAGCUUGCCGAUGACCAAAUCAAGGCGUAUCAUUCCAAUUGCCCUUUGCCCCUCUUGAUUGAAGCCUUAAUCAUCAAGCGGUUUUGGGAGAGUUCAUCAAUUGAUAUUCCAAGGUCUUUCAUAGCCUGAACUGUCAAAAUGUUAACAGCGGAUCCUUGGUCAAUCAUGAUUCUUUUGAAUCUUUGUCCACAAGUAUAUCCCUCAACAAAAAGUGGGCGAUUAUGGGGUGUGGCACCCAACAUAAGAUCUUCGUCUUUAAAGACAAUACCAGUAGCAUACGAGGUAGAGUUCUGUGUUUUUACAUCUUCUUUCUUAGCUGAAGUUGGUGAUGAGCAUUUGCUUGAGCUCUCAACUUCUUUUUCAUGAGUGCCAAGGCAGGAACUUGAAGUUUGAUUCACCUUGUUCUUGAAAUCCUUUGGCAUAUAAUUGUCUAGAGUAACUGACCUUCGCUCAACCUUGGAACAAACACUAGUCUUUCUUUCCUUCUUUAGCUUGAGUUUAUAAACCUCCCUUUUCUUGACCCAUUUCUUUACUCCCUUCACUGGGGGUAGGAUCAAUUUUUGCCUCUUAUUUUGUUUAUCUCGAUCUACUAAGAUCCAUGGACCUUCUUCGCCAUAAUUUUCUUCAUCUCUCAUGCGAGAGUAGUUUCCCAUCACUUUGAUAGUAAAAGGAAGUCUUCGAUUGUGAGAGCUCUUACUCUCUUCUUUCGAGUUGCCUUUAACCAUAAAUGGAGAAAUCUUACCAAAAGUGAUGGCAAUUUGGUUUGUGCUUGCAGCGGAAUCGACGAGCUCAAUCUUUCCUUGACGAGCCAGGGCCAUAAUUUUAUCUUUAAGCACCCAAUACUUCUCAGUGGAGUGGCUUAAAAGUCGAUGGUACUUGCAGUAAUUGGGGUCAUCUAUCUUUGUAGCUUCCUCGGGUCGUUUGGACUCGGGUAAAUCAAUAAGCUUCAAUCUCAUCAGUUCCUCAAACAUGGGAGGAACGUCAGAGUCUAAGAAGGGGUAUUUCUUUUCUAGCAUCUCUUCUAGAAAUGGUUUAACACGUUUCGACGCCUCCGAAUCAACCCUAGAAACUUUCUUUGAAUUUUGAGUGAAGAUCUUAACAGGCGCAGCCUUCACGACCAUUGCUUCUUUAUUUUCAAUAUUAGAAAAGGGUAUGCCCUCAUUCUUGGUAUCUUGUUUUUCAACAACAUUGUUUAUGGGAUACAUACCCAUGACUUUCUUUCCACUACUUGCAAUGCUUAACUCCAUGUUACGAGCUUUGCUUGCUAGCUCGUCGAAAGUAUUUGGAUUGACUCCUUUGAGAAUGUAGCACAAUUCCCAAUGCAUUCCUUCAAUGCACAUAUCGAUAGCGGAACUUGUAGAGAUUCGAUCUUUGCAGUUUAGAGCAAGAUCUCUCCAACGCUCUAUGUAAGCUAUGACAGGCUCAUCUUUCCGUUGGCGAGUAGUUGUCAACUCAAGCAAGCUCACCACCCUCCUUGUGUUGUAGAAACGGUUUAAGAACUCACGUUCCAUAUCUUGCCAGCUGUCAAUGGAACCUGGUUCUAGGUCAGUAUACCAGUCAAAUGCAUUUGCUUUAAGGGAGCGCACGAACUGCUUGACGAGGUGAUCCCCACUUGUUCCCGCAUUGUUGCAAGUCUCCACAAAAUGGGCAACAUGUUGUCUUGGAUUUCCUUUCCCAUCAAACUGGACGAACUUCGACGGCUGGUAACCAAUGGGCAUUUUCAGAUCCUCGAUCCUUUGAGUAUAUAUGGCUUAACAUAGGAGUGAGUAGAUUGACUUCCUUCUAUGUUCCCCUUUAUGGUUCCCAUGAUGAGAUCUUUGAGUUGAUCAAUCGGGAUCAUGCCCCCAGAGGUUGAGAUAUUCUUCUUCGAAUUCUCUUGGUGAAAAUCAUUGUCUUCAUGCACCUCAGGGUCCUUCUCACGAGCAUGACUUGACUCACCUUUCAAGCUUUCUACUUUGUUGUUCAGAUCAUUCAACUUCUGAUCUUGAGUUUGCAUGAACAUGCUCAUUCCCUCGAUGACCUUAGUUAAAUGGGCGAUUUGUUCUUCCAUAGAUGUCGUGCUUGUCAUCAUAGUGGGCAUCACAGUGUAGACAUUUGACCACUGCGGAGUAGUUCUUCGUGGAGAGGUUGACGGGGAAGUAGAGUCUGACCUAGAUGAUGAGCUUUCACCACUACUUGUCCAUUUUGGGGAAGUAACUUCAUGUAUGGGUGAAGAAAGCUUCGGGACCAUCUCUUGCGCAAUUUGAAAUCUAUCCAUCGCACCGGGAGUAGUUCUCGAAGAUGACUGCGCAAUCAUGAUUCUUGAACGGCUCCUAGUGAUAGGGCCUUGCAUAUUUUGAUUCGAGCUUGAUGAUGCUUUAGAAUUUAGAGUGAACACGGGCUUGUUUGAUGCCAUGGGUUCGUUUUCAAAAGUGAAGAGAUGAGAGGUAGAGUUGUCCCACCGGGCGUGCCAAAAAUUUGUGAAACAAAUUUUAAGUAUUUACUUAAAAUUGAUCGCAAAUAAUAAUAUGUGAGAAUAUUGGGUACAAUCUCUAAAUAUGAAUCCUCUGAUUCUUCACUUGCAAUUUGACAUAAAUAUAAUUAAAGAAAUUAAUUCAAAAUUAAAUCUUUAAUCCUUCAAACGUUCUUCAGAUCUUCAAAUCUUCGUUCUUGAGAUCUUUGAAUCUUCGAAUCUUCGUUUGUCAGAUCUUCAAAUCUUCUUGAAUUGAGAAUUCAACUUGAAGGGCCUCCGGUUUUCAAAUGGCUUGAUCUUCAACAAAAGGGCCGUUUUAUGGCUUGAUCUUUUGUUUAAGGGCCUCCCGGGAUAUAUGGCUUGAUCUUCAAUUGAAUUUCAAUUCAAUCUUCAUAUGAGUAUCUUCAAAUCUUCAAAGAUUUGUUCUUCAUAUCUUCGAAUCUUCAAAGUCUUGUUCUUCAGAUCUUCGAAUCUUCAAGCUUCGUUCUUCAGAUCUUCGAACGGUCUUCAACUUUUGGAUUUAUUUUAUUAAGAAUCGACGAAAUCACGAAGGAUUAUUCGUAUACUCUUAAUAAAAUUCGUGGCUUGAUCUAUUCCUCUUCUUCGGAAUCGUUCAGAGCGUUUCGGGAGUUCUUGAGAGCUUUUCUGCAACGUUUCUUCGUCUGAAAAUUCUCCUCCUUUUCCUCUCAACUGAGACCUCUAUUUAUACGUGUGGAUGGGGUGAAAAUAUGCUUUUAGGGUUGUCAAAUUCGUCCAUAUCUCAUGGGCCCUAAUUAAAAUGGGCUUUGGACUCUAUUUGCUUACAUUUAAUAGCUAGAAAAAUCAGCGCUUGUUUGAUGUAUCUGGACAGCUUUUUUAACAAGGUUCGCAGCCAUUUUCCAUGCAUACGGAUGGAUUUCUUAACCAUAUUCAUUGUUAUCUUUAUCAAUUGGAUCAUGUCUCUUAUUCAUCGGGCUACUAUUUAAUAAU